CGACCUAACUACUAAGAAGAAAAAUAUUAUUUUCUAUCUUUCUCCUCUAUAGCUGCCGAGUUGCUGUCUGGGGAAUUUCAUAUGUCAUACUUCAAGAAAUCGCUUCCUUUUCGAAUAACCUUUACGAGAGUUUGCACGUGUUGAAUAAGGCGAAAGUCCUCAAGCUAGCAUAAUGGGUCACAGUAAUAUCUGGUGUAGCCACCCCAAAAAAUAUGGUCAAGGAUCUAGGUCUUGCAGGGCAUGUUCAAACAGGCACGGUCUGAUUCGUAAAUACGGUCUCAACCUAUGCAGGCAAUGCUUUAGGGAGUACGCCAACUACAUUGGUUUCAAGAAACUGGACUAGUUGUAAUGUUAUAAUGUAAUAAAAUUAAUUGUCUCAA